AUGCCUAAGUCCAUCCCCGCUCGCGACUUCACCGUCGGCUGGGUCUGCGCUUUGCCUAUCGAGCUGGCAGCCGCGGCGGAAAUGAUGGACGAGGAAUACGCUGACCUCCCGUCCCAGUCGUCUGAUUCGAACGUCUACUCCUUUGGUCGUAUCGGCGUCCACAACGUCGUGACUGCCUCUCUGCCUGCCGGCCAGAUGGGAACAAACCAAGCGGCAAUCGUCGCGAGCCAGAUGAAGCAAAAUUUCCCAUCGCUGCGAUUCAGUGUCCUUGUCGGCAUUGGUGGCGGCGUCCCAGACCUCGAGAACGACAUCGACGUUCGUCUCGGCGACGUAGUCAUUAGCCAGCCGACAGGACAGCAUGGGGGAGUAAUCCAAUAUGACUUCGGGAAAACGGGGGCUGACGGUCGUAUCGCUCGCACGGGUAGCCUCAAUGCACCACCGACGAUCCUCCUCAACGCCUUGGCCAAGCUCCGCGCGAACAAUUUUCGAGGCAAGACGCAAGUCCUCGCUUACCUUUCUCGGCUUUCUGAUAAGCCAGAUUUUGCAUCGCCGGGACUUGAGAGCGACACCUUAUACCAUGCAUUAUCAACUCAUGCCGGUGGUCCCACAUGUGCAAAAUGCCGUCUAGAAGAUAUAGUGGAUAGGAAGCCACGCGCGACCACCAAACCAGCCCUCUUCUUCGGCAAUAUCGCGUCUGGGAACCAAGUAAUGAAGGAUGGACCAACGCGCGAUAGGCAUAGUCAGGAGCUGGGAGGUGUGUUGUGCUUCGAAAUGGAGGCAGCUGGCUUGAUGAACAACUUCCCUUGCAUUGUCAUUCGCGGCAUCUGCGACUAUGCAGACGCGCAUAAAAACAAGCGGUGGCAGCCAUAUGCAGCAGCGACGGCAGCGGCAUACGGCAAAGAACUAUUAAAUACAGUCCCACCGCUGAUUUCAAGCAAUCUAGAUGGAGAGGAAGAUUCCUAUAGAAAACCUUACUUUAUCGUUCCAUUCGGCCGGAAUGAAAACUUUGUUGGCAGAGAUGCGAUCUUAACGCAACUGCUCGAAAGGGUACCCCCAAGUGCCCAGAAAGACACCUGCCAAAGGACAGCCAUCGUCGGUCUCGGAGGGGUCGGUAAGACACAGGUCGCCAUCGAAGCCGCCUACCGCGUUCGCGACGCACACCCAGACUGCUUAGUGUUCUGGGUGCCGGCUGUAAGCAUGGUGAUGUUUGAGAAUGCGUGUCGCGACAUCGGCCGAAGGCUUAGUAUCCAAGGCAUCGAGGAUGACCAAGCGGAUAUAAAAAGCUUGGUCAAGGCGGCCUUAGAAAGGGACGACGUCGGCAACUGGCUUCUUAUCGUCGAUAACGCCGACGACAUAGAUUUACUAUUUACCAACUCGAAGCUGAUAACGUACUUCCCUUGGAAUAGGAAGGGCUCUAUUCUGCUUACAACGCGGAAUCACAAGGCUGCAGUAAGAUGGAGUCGAGGUCAUCCUGUGCAUCUACAGGAGAUGGAUACCAUGGAAGCCACUCAGCUGUUGUGUACCGGCUUGGACAAAAGUCAAAUGGGCGACAAACUAAGCACGACAAAGUUGCUCGAGCACCUCACUUAUCUGCCGCUGGCUAUACGACAGGCGUCGGCUUACAUGGCCGCCAACAUGAGUGUGACUGUGUCCAAGUACCUUGGGUAUUGCAAGGCCAGUGACGAGAAGCUAGUGAAGCUGCUGAGCAAAGAUUUCGAAGAUCAGGAUCGAUAUGAGGCUAUCCGGAACCCAGUGGCUACGACGUGGCUGAUCUCGUUUAUGCAUAUCUCUAGGGACAACCCACUUGCAGCGAAGUACCUCAGUUUCAUGUGCUAUCUCGCAGAGAAAGACAUACCAAGGGCUCUUUUGCCUUCUGAAGGAGAUGGAAAAGAUACGGACGACGAGAUGGCGGCGGAUGAAGCGAUAAGCACGCUGAUGGCUUACGCGUUCAUUCAGAAGCGGGACGCUAUGGAUAGGUUCGAUAUCCACCGACUGGUGCGUUUGGUGAUGCGGAACUGGCUGAGGGACCAAGGAAGGAAAGAAAAACAGGCAACAGAGACGAUUCGCUGGCUAUACAAGAAGUUCCCUUGGCCAGACCAUAGGAACAGAGACGUUUGGAUGACCUACUUACCACAUGCGCAAGCGGCACUUCAAGUUGGGGAUUGGUGCACAGACAAUGAGGCGUUAUGGGAUCUGCUGUCUAGCGUAGGACAAAGCAAUAGCCUCCUUGGGAAGUACGGAGCGGCAGAGCAAGUGCAUCGACAGGCACUAGAGGUGAAGGAGAAGGUUCUGGGACUGGAGAACCCCUUGACACUUAGCAGCAUGAACAACCUGGCCCUCGUGCUUAGCAGGCAGGGGAAGUACGAAGCGGCAGAGAAGAUGCAUCGGCAGGCACUGGAGCUGAUGGAGAAGGUGCUGGGACUGGAGAAUUCCGACACACUCAUCAGCAUGAACAACCUGGCACUCGUGUUUAGCAGCCAAGGGAAGUACGAAGCGGCAGAGCAGAUGCAUCGGCAGACACUGGAGCUAACGGAGAAGGUGCUGGGACUGGAGAAUCCCUCCACACUCACCAGCAUGAACAACCUGGCACUCGUGCUUAGCAGCCAGGGGAAGUACGAAGAGGCUGAACAGAUGCAUCGUCAGGCAUUGGAGCUGUAUAAGAAGGUACUAGGACCAGACAAUCCCGACACACUCACUAGUAUAAACAAAUUGGCAGAAGUCCUUCGAGAACAGGAGAACUACGAUGAGGCAGAGAAAAUGCAUAGGCAGACACUGGAGCUGAGGGCGAAGGUUUUGGGACUAGAAAAUCCCUUGACACUUGCCAGUAUGAACAACCUGGCAGGAGUGCUUGACAACCAUGGGAAUUACGAUGAGGCAGAGCAGAUGUAUCGACAGACACUGGAGCUAUAUGAGAAGUUACUAGGACCAGACAAUCCCGACACACUUACUAGCAUGAGCAACCUGGCAGAUGUGCUCGGUAGCCAAGGGAAGUACGAUGAGGCAGAGCAGAUGUAUCGACAGACACUGGAGCUGUAUAAGAAGUUGCUAGGGCCAGACAAUCCUCGCACACUCAUCAGCAUGAACAGCCUGGCAGAAGUCCUCGGUAGCCAAGGGAAGUACGAUGAGGCAGAGCAGAUGUAUUGGCAGACACUGGAGACGUGUGAGAAGGGGCUGGGACCAGAGAAUCCCUUCACACUCACCACCAUGAACAACCUGGCACUCGUGCUUAAACACCAGGGGAAGUACGAUGAGGCAAAGCAGAUGCAUCGGCAGAUACUGGAGCUAAGGGAGAAGGUCCUAGGGAUCAAUUUCUUUUGA